GCCUCAGUGUGGAAAUAAAACUGAUGACUACUCUCUGAAUGGUAUUUAAUAAUCACCUGUCAAAAGUUCCAUGGUAGUCCAUCAUUCGGAGUGCAUUAUCAUAAUUAGAGCUAAUUAAAAUAGACCCUAAAAUAGCGAGUGUCACAAAAUCAUCGAGAUAUCUCGUGGAGGAGGUUGUUGAGAAUGCAGCAACUACAGAAGAGUGCAUAAGGCAAUGGAUGCUUUCAGUGUCUGGCUAGGGUUUUGGUAACACAUAUGUAGCUCAGGGAUAUCAGAAAGGGAUAUAAACGGAAUACUUAAGAUUAAACGACGAAUUCCUUCGCCAUGUACAACCGUAGACGCACAAACAAUUUUACGUACGUCAGUUCGUGCGUCAAGUACAUGAUCUUCAUCCUCAACUUUGUAUUUUGGCUCUUUGGAGGGCUGCUCAUUGGCGUGGGACUCUACGCUUUUUACGAUAAAUGGCAGACAACGGGAUCAGUUCGAGUGGAGAAUGUUUAUGAUGUUGUGCUCAAUAUUUCUCUGGUUAUGGUCAUUGCUGGUGGAGUUGUUUUUAUCGUCAGCUUUGCAGGUUGUGUGGGGGCACUUAGGGAAAACACCUGUCUUCUAAAAUUUUACUCCUGGUGUUUGCUAGCGUUUUUCCUAUUUGAAAUGGGAAUUGCUAUUGUGGGAUUUGUAUUUCCACAUACACUUCAGUCACUUCUGGAGGAGUCAUUUACGGAUAAAAUUAUUCAGACCUACAGGGAGGAUCCGGACUUACAGAAUUUCAUCGAUUUUGGACAGCAGGAGUUUAAGUGCUGUGGCCUCAGUCAACAAGGUUAUUUGGAUUGGCAGAAGAACGAAUACUUCAAUUGCUCAAGUCCUGGGCGAGAAAGUUGUGGAGUGCCAUUUUCAUGUUGCAUAAAUACUACAGACAUUUCUAGUGGACUAGUGAAUAUAAUGUGUGGCUACCAAAUUCAGAUGCUCCCCCCAUCAGAAGCUGGCAAGAGAAUUUGGAUAAGUGGUUGCAUAGAGAUUGUCCGCAGCUGGGCAGAGCGCAAUCUGUACACAAUAGCCGGUAUUGCCCUUGGUAUUGCACUGAGCCAAUUAUUCGUCAUUUAUCUGGCUAAGACACUCGAGGGACAGAUUGAGAUGCAACGGGCACGAUGGAGGUCCUGAGCUUGACCACAGGCCUCUGCCUACCGUUAUCAACUUGAUUCACAUCCUAGGAGGCAGAUGGCCAGUGGUCGCAAUGCACAUGCAGGCCACGACGGUGAAAUUGGUGCAAAUGCACGUAUGGCAGUGCUCGUACUCCUUGCCAUUUCCCUUUACGUCAUAUGUGUAUUGUCCCUUAUAAGACUAACAAUCUACUUCAGAGACUAUUUUUACGAGUAUCUCGACGGUGGUCGUAAGGAGGAACGUGUAGCAACAUAAUGACAAUUUUUUAUUUCUUCUUUCUCACAUUCUUAAAUCGCCUUUUCGGUGAUUUUUAAGGGUUAAUCUCGAAUUUCUUUUAAUAUGAAUGUAGAUUUCUCGAUAGAGAUCACAACGUUUCGAUGUCCCAAAUUGUUUCUUAGUAAUGUGCACUGAAAAAAAAACAAUUUUGGUCAAAUUUGCAUUUAUUUGAAAGAAGUAUUCGUGCUUCUCACAUCGUACUUCUCUCAUUAAAUCAUUUCCAGACUCUUUCCAUUACAUUUUAAUCAUGACAAUUAUAUUUCAUAUGAUUUUGUGAAAACUCCUCCAAUAACUAUUCAUUUUUUUUUAAUUUACCGUUUUCUUGAGACGAUUUCAAUUAAUCAUUUUAUAUUAAUGAUUAUUAUCAAAAAAGGACAAUCACAGUCUUCGAUAUCAUCAGUUUCUACAUCAACAUAAUUUUCGAAAUUGAAACCGACUGGAAAGUCUCUGGAUAUUAUUCGACUGGAGAAGCAAAUAUUGGAAAUACUCAAUAUCCUAUCGAUAUUGAUAUUUUUUUCUCAGUGUAGCGGUGGGGUAGAUGAAAUUCAUUUAAAGCACUUUCAAAGUGAUUAAUAAUUUUCUACUCUACUCUGAAGAAUCGAUGAAGAUUAUAUGUUUUAUAUGCGAUAAGCUCAGCAAUGUUCAUGACUUUUAGUGUUCGAAGUAUUCACACGUGAUCGAGUAACUGAUGAUUCUCAGUGUCCAAUGUACAAUUACUGCCAUUGAAUAUUUUUCACGAUGAUUGUACGUAUUGAAGAAUCGAGAGAAAAUCCUUCGUAUCGUAUUGCAAAUUCUGCAGAAGGAUUAGAUUUAGUAGAGAAUGGGUAAAUAACAAGUUAAUUUAAUAAAUAUGUAAGUUUGGAAGAACGAUCUUGGAAUCUAAUGGAAAUUGUAGAAUUUUUGUAUUAAGAGCAUGGUUCUGUUAAAAUAGACACUUUUGAGGUAAAUCUUCAAGAAUUUUCUCUUUGAGAUUCUUUUAUACACAGUAACAACGUUGGAACACAAUAUCACAAGUAUACUUGCAAUAAUGCAUUGCAGGAAUGAAUAAAAUGAAUAUAAUUGGUUCAUUUGCGAAAGCCAUUUUAAUGUUUAUAUAAUUGUAAUUUAAGUGCACCACUUUCCACAGGAAAAUAACGCACAAAUGAGCGGUUGCAUUUGCACCGUUGGCGUGCAGGUAGUUGCGAAAGAACGAAUGACUUAGUGAUUUUAAAGUGAAUAGGGAUUAAGCUUUUUUGCACUUAGAUUGAAGAAUAACAAGGGAGAGAAUAGUGAAUGAAAACGCCGACCGAAAUUGACCAAUUUCUAAGAAUAAAUAUCAUAUUUAUUUUUAUGUAAAUGGCUUAGUGGAUACUAACAACGCUGGCAUGUGACUUCGAUGAAGACUCGAACGAAUUGUGUAAUUAAUCGAAAACAAUGUGCAAGCUCAAUGGCUUGUCAAGCUUGUGAUUGGAACGCGAGCGCCGGAGAGAAUGUGUAUAUACAUUAACAUUAAUGAUAAUUGCCGCAUAUAAUUGUCUACGUACGAGAUUUUAAUGUCAAAAGGUACAAUUCUUUUGCGUUCCAUACUCUAUUCAAUUUUCCAUUUUAUCCCAAUCAAUGUUAACGAUUAACAGUGCCAAAAUCUAUGCGUUUCUGCUCUCCCGAUAAUCUCUCAAUCAUUUACUCUCGAUGGGAAGAGAAAACUUUGACAAUAAUAUUGUCCAGUCGUUGGUUGAUUUGUUGAUUUUCCACUGGUUCUCGAUGAUUUUUCAUUGCUCUUUUUUAUCGAUAAGUUCUCUUUUGUGAAACUCUCGGUGAUAUUUUUUAGAUUAUCAAUUCGAUAAGUGGUAUUACGGAUUAGUAUUAUGCAAAUAUAUAUUUACUAGUUUUUAUUAAACAAGUAUAUUGUUGUAAUAGUGACACUGUCACGAAUAUUAAUAAACAAUCAUGUAUAAUGGAUAAA